CGGUGCCUGUGCCCCGGCCGUGCUGAGGGGCGGCGCCGCGCGGUGCCCGCCCCCCCCCGCCCCGUGCCCUGCCGUCAGGCGCCGCUUUGCGACAGCCGGGCCGGGCCGGGCCCGCUCCCCCCGCGCCGCCGGGCAGGGGACAGGACAGGAGAGGAGGGCAGGGAGGUGUGAGAGCAAAAUGGCAGGGAACAGCCUGGUGCUGCCCAUUGUGCUGUGGGGUCGGAAGGCUCCCACCCACUGCAUAUCAACGCUGCUGCUAAUGGAUGACGUCUCCAUGAUCGUCACGGGCUGCCACGACGGACAGAUAUGUCUCUGGGACCUCUCUCUGGAUUUAGAGAUUAAUCCCCGAGCUCUGCUGUUUGGUCACACAGCCUCAGUUACGUGUUUAUCGAAGGCCUCUGCUUCCAGUGAAAAGCAGUAUGUAGUGAGCGCGUCGGAGAGCGGGGAGAUGUGUCUGUGGGACGUGAAUGAUGGGAGAUGCAUAGAGUUUACGAAGCUGGCCUGCACGCACACUGGCAUACAGUUCUAUCAGUUCACGGUCGGGACUCAGCGCGAAGGGAGACUGUUAUGCCAUGGCCAUUAUCCAGAAAUUCUUGUUGUGGAUGCUACCAGCCUUGAAGUUCUUUAUUCUUUGGUAUCAAAGAUAUCUCCCGACUGGAUCAGCUCCAUGACUAUCAUUAAAUCCAAUAGAACACAAGAGGAUACUGUUGUAGCAGUUUCAGUGACUGGCAUCCUGAAAGUAUGGAUAAUAACCUCUGAAGUGAGUCGCAUGCAGGAUACCGCACCAAUAUUUGAAGAGGAGUCAAAACCUAUUUAUUGUCAGAACUGUCAAAGCAUUUCUUUCUGCUCAUUUACCCAGCGGUCGUUGUUGGUGGUGUGCUCCAAGUACUGGAGGGUUUUUGAUGCUGGAGAUUAUUCCCUUUUAUGCUCGCUCCCUAGUGAAAAUGAACAGACCUGGACCGGUGGUGAUUUUGUGUCAGCUGAUAAAGUCAUUGUGUGGACAGAAGAUGGACAAAGUUUCAUAUAUAAAUUACCACCCAGCUGUCUACCAGCUAGUGAUUCGUUUCGCAGUGAUGUGGGGAAAGCAGUAGAAAAUCUAAAUCCUCCUUUAUUGUACAGCGUAUUGGACAGAGCAGAUAAACAGUUACUUAUAUGUCCCCCAGUUACUCGAUUCUUCUGCAGACGUAGGGACUUGUCCUAUAAGCUGCUAAUCCAAGGAGACUCUUCAGGAAGACUGUCUAUUUGGAGUAUGCCUGAAAAUCUUGAACAACAAGAUAGUGCAGAAGGACUGCAAACAACAACUUCAAUAUCCCUGCAGGAAGCUUUUGAUAAACUUACGCCUCGCCCAGCUGGGAUUAUAGACCAACUAAGCUUAAUACCCAACUUCAAUGAACCACUUAAAGUUACGGCCAGUGUGUAUAUCCCAGCACAUGGGCGUUUGGUCUGCGGUCGGGAGGACGGAAGCAUUGUUAUUGUGCCAGCAACACAAACUGCUAUAGUUCAGCUUUUGCAAGGAGAGCAUAUGCUUCGGAGAGGUUGGCCACCUCACCGGACUCUCAGAGGCCAUCGAAACAAAAUUACAUGCUUACUGUAUCCUCAUCAGGUUUCUUCUCGUUAUGAUCAAAGGUAUUUGAUCUCAGGUGGUGUGGAUUUCUCAGUCAUCAUGUGGGAUAUAUUUUCUGGAGAGAUGAAACACAUCUUCUGUGUGCAUGGUGGAGAAAUUACACAGCUUCUAGUUCCACCAGAAAACUGUAGUGCAAGAGUCCAGCACUGCGUUUGCUCUGUUGCCAGUGAUCACUCGGUAGGUCUUCUGAGCCUGCGGGAGAAAAAAUGCAUCAUGCUGGCAUCCCGUCACCUCUUCCCUAUUCAAGUAAUAAAAUGGAGGCCUUCUGAUGACUACCUGGUAGUGGGAUGUUCAGAUGGCUCUGUGUACGUCUGGCAAAUGGAUACCGGUGCUCUGGACAGGUGUGUGAUGGGAAUAACAGCAGUAGAAAUCCUGAACGCCUGUGAUGAGGCAGUUCCUGCGGCCGUGGACUCCCUCAGUCAUCCCGCUGUCAACCUGAAGCAGGCCAUGACUCGGCGGAGCCUGGCUGCUCUGAAAAACGUGGCACAUCAAAAACUGCAGACUCUUGCCACUAACCUGCUAGCUUCUGAGGCAUCCGACAAAGGGAACUUACCUAAAUAUUCGCAUAACUCCCUGAUGGUUCAAGCUAUAAAGACUAACUUAACAGAUCCAGAUAUACACGUGCUCUUCUUCGAUGUGGAGGCCCUGAUUAUUCAGCUGCUGACCGAAGAGGCCUCGAGACCCAACAGCGCACUCAUUUCUCCGGAGAAUUUGCAGAAGGCAUCUGGCGGUUCUGACAAAGGAGGCUCCUUUUUGACUGGCAAACGAGCAGCCGUCCUCUUCCAGCAGGUCAAGGAGACGAUCAAAGAGAAUAUCAAAGAGCAUCUCCUCGACGACGAGGAUGAGGAUGAAGAAUCGAUAAGGCAGAGAAGAGAAGAUGGUGACCCGGAAUAUCGCUCUAGCAAAUCUAAACCAUUAACUUUAUUAGAGUACAAUCUAACCAUGGAUACAGCAAAGCUUUUUAUGUCUUGUCUUCAUGCCUGGGGCUUGAAUUCUGUCCUAGAUGAGCUUUGCCUUGAUCGCCUGGGGAUGCUUAAGCCGCACUGCUCUGUGUCCUUUGGCCUCCUGUCCAGAGGUGGCCACAUGUCUCUGAUGCUUCCCGGUUACAACCAGUCUGUAGGUAAGCCAUCCUACGAGGGCGUGGAGCUGGGAAGGAAGAUGUCCAUUACAGAAGGACUGGGAAAGGGGACGUACGGAGUGUCGCGUGCAGUCACCACUCAGCACCUCCUCUCUGUCAUCUCGCUGGCAAACACGCUGAUGAGCAUGACGAAUGCAACUUUUAUUGGAGACCACAUGAAGAAAGGCCCGACCAGGCCGCCUCGGCCUGGCACUCCAGAGAUGACAAAAGUGAAGGCACCUCCUUCGAUGGCAGCAAGUCACGCAGCUCAAGGACAAAUUAAGCAAGUUGCUCCUGCUGUUUCUUCUAGCACUGAAGCUGGUCACUCUGGCUCUGACACUGCUCCUACUUUACAUACCUGUUUCUUAGUAAAUGAAGGUUGGAGCCAGCUGGCUGCCAUGCACUGCGUGAUGCUCCCCGACCUGCUGGGGCUGGACAAGUUCCGACCUCCUCUCCUGGAGAUGCUGGCCCGCCGCUGGCAGGACCGCUGCCUGGAGGUAAGAGAAGCUGCCCAGGCCUUAUUGUUAGCAGAACUGAGAAGAAUCGAGCAGGCAGGUCGGAAGGAGACAAUUGAUGCGUGGGCUCCGUAUUUGCCACAGUACAUUGACAGUGUUAUAUCACCUGGAGUAACCACGGAAGCCAUUCAGACCGCUACGGCAAGCCCAGAUGCGUUGGGAACAGAGGCAAAAGUCCAAGAAGAGGAGCACGAUCUGGUUGAUGACGACAUCACAGCAGGUUGCCUGUCCGGUCUCCCGCAGAUGAAGAAAAUCUCGACUUCUUACGAAGAGCGCAGGAAGCAAGCGACUGCCAUCGUCCUGCUGGGGGUGAUCGGGGCGGAAUUUGGAGCUGAAAUUGAGCCUCCCAAACUCCUGACUCGGCCGCGUAGCUCUAGUCAAAUUCCCGAGGGAUUUGGUUUAACCAGCGGCGGAUCAAAUUAUUCCCUGGCGAGGCAUACGUGCAAGGCGCUGACGUUCCUGCUGCUGCAGCCGCCGAGCCCCAAGCUGCCCGCGCACAGCACCAUCCGCAGGACUGCCAUCGACCUGAUCGGCCGCGGCUUCACCGUCUGGGAGCCCUACAUGGACGUCUCCGCCGUGCUCAUGGGUCUGCUGGAGCUCUGCGCCGACGCCGAGAAGCAGCUCGCUAACAUCACAAUGGGGCUGCCCCUGAGCCCGGCGGCCGACUCUGCCCGCUCGGCGCGACACGCUCUCUCGCUCAUCGCCACGGCCAGACCACCCGCCUUCAUCACCACCAUCGCCAAGGAGGUGCACAGACACACCGCCCUGGCUGCGAACACGCAGUCUCAGCAGAAUAUCCACACCACCACCCUUGCUCGAGCUAAAGGAGAGAUCUUACGAGUCAUUGAAAUACUUAUUGAGAAGAUGCCUACCGACGUCGUGGACCUUCUGGUGGAGGUUAUGGACAUCAUCAUGUAUUGCCUUGAAGGAUCUUUAGUUAAGAAGAAAGGUCUUCAGGAAUGCUUCCCAGCCAUCUGCAGGUUCUACAUGGUCAGCUAUUACGAGCGGAGUCACAGAAUAGCAGUUGGAGCUCGCCAUGGUUCAGUGGCCCUCUACGACAUCCGGACUGGGAAAUGUCAGACGAUCCACGGUCACAAAGGGCCCAUAACUGCAGUGGCGUUUGCUCCCGACGGCCGGUACCUCGCCACCUACUCCAACUCCGACAGCCACCUCUCCUUCUGGCAGAUGAACACGUCCCUGCUGGGCAGCAUCGGCAUGCUCAACUCGGCGCCUCAGCUGCGCUGCAUCAAGACGUACCAGGUGCCGCCCGUGCAGCCGGCCUCCCCCGGCUCGCACAACGCGCUGCGGCUGGCCCGCCUCAUCUGGACCUCCAACCGCAACGUCAUCCUCAUGGCUCACGACGGCAAGGAGCACCGCUUCAUGGUCUAGGGGAAGCCACAAGUACAGCGCUGUCCCCGACCUCCCUGUCCUUCUCCCUCUUCCUUCGUCUCUGUGCUCCACACACCCAGCGCCCCUCAGCGCCUCACGGACCGGCCAGGCCGCGGCGGCUCGGCCUAUGGACAUGGACAGGGACACGGGGUGGUUUCUCCCCACAGCAGCGGGAGGAUGGAUGGCUUUUGGGGAUGUCCCAGCUCCCGGAGCAGCAGCAGCAGGACACGCGGUCACGCUGAGGCCUGGGCAGCGGCCGCAGGCACCACCCCGCGCUCCUUCACUGGGGGCCGAGCCCAGGCGGCAGCAUCCCGAAACCCGCCGGCGGACCCUCAGUGUUUCCCAAAAAGGCUGUGUUUACAUGGACUUUCUGCUCGUGACUACUGAAUGAUCGCUGGGUGACGCCCCUUAGGGCCUGUUGGUGAGGGCCUGAUGGGCUCGGGGUCGGGACCAUGAAGGGACGGAGGUUUGGGUGCCCCGGCAGUGCUGCUGUGCUCAUCAUCGCUUGCUGUAGCUGGAAGAAAGAGUAACAACCCACGUGUAAAUAUUACAAAAUCUCUUUAAGAUAGAAUAGCAAACUUGAACAGAGGAGUAUUUAUAUAUAAAGGUGUUUUUUUGCUACCAGUGAAGGUAUUUAUUUAAAAAAAAAAGGAGAGAGAAAAAAAGCUUUUUUCUUCCAAAAGCCGCUCCCGUUUGUGCUGGGCCCUGUGGGAAGGCAGGCUGUGUGCUGCAUGGGCUGGCCUCGCCGAGACACCGGGGCAAACAGCACAAAUGGCACUGGUGGGUAGCGAGUCCGGCACAAAAAUUGUGAAAAAUGGGUAAGUUAUUUGAGUGGAUGUAUGGGAACAGUUCCCUCGGUAGGAAUAUUCCUAUGUAACGUUCGCUGUGACUGUGUUUCCUUCUUACAUAUCUAAUUUUAUGAAAUAUUUAAUCGUGUGAAAGUAUGCUGGUUUAUGCUCACAGUAAAGAAAAAAAUCUAUGAAAUACUAUUUUAUUUAAACAUAUUGAUGUAUAUGUUUGUAUAGCUUUUUCUUUGCCAUUUUUGUCUGAAAAGCUCACAGAACUAAGGCUGUCUUUACAUGAUAAAGUAAAAAUGGUACUCAUAGAAUCCUCCCUUCCCCAAAAGGAAUAAAUUAAUUUUUAAAACGGCUUCUAAAUUUAAAAAGCAUUGAUUUUUUUUUUAUUAUUAAUUUUAUUUUAGGUGGUCUGUGUAGUACACUGUAUAUGGAAGUGAGGUUUACAGUCCAGAAGCUACAUAUCUGUUUGCUGUUUAAAAAUUUAAAAAUUAAGACCAUUAGGAAUGUUUAACACAAACUGCCGCAAAAUUUACUCUUUGUAUCUGGCGGGAAUGUAGAAUUUGGUAGAGAACUCUGUCGUAGAAUAUCAGGGUCUUUUCGAAGUGAACUGAUGCAAGGUGCAUGUACAUUGUGUUUAUAAAGCUGUAGCUGUAACCUCAGUGAUUAAAGCAAAAAAGAGCUGCCAGGCUCCCAUCUGUGGGCUGCAGCGCCGUCCCGCUCGGUGUGGGGGUGUGAGGGAGGCGUUAGGGUGCUCUGUAAGCACACCCAGAGGGGUUCCAGGAUCCGACGCCACCGUUAUUUUCGGGCAGAUCUCACGACCUGUGUGUGUGUUUGCUUUCAGAAACAAACUGCGGCCGCGGGGGGAACAGCGGGCUGUAGCCCUGCAGUGAUUCCCUUUGUGGUGUAGCGAGCAAACACCUUGAAUGAUCUAUGCAUUAAAGUGUUUGUUUUGGGGUAGGAGUGUAAUGGGCUUUCUGAAGUGCAAGGCAGAGGCAGCCGUGUGCUUGCCAGCCCUGCACACCAAGCCGCAGGGGCACUGACGGUGAGCGGUCCGCUGGUGGAGGAGCAUCCUCAGCCCGCAGCACCCGUCUUAGGGCACCGGGCUCGCUCUGGUCCUCGCCCAGCCCGCAGCACCUGAGGGUCCUCUGCAGCCUGAACACAACUACCUGCCUAAACACACCCCCUGCUUCGGUGACUUCGUUAGCCCUAGUCCCCAACUUCUUCUCUCGCAGCCCCCAUCUCUCAGCACCGCUGCAGAAUCGGUAUUGUCAUUGCGGUGUAAGCUCUUAGUGCUCUAUUGAUUUGUUAGUGCUGUAUUUGGACUUGUCCUUGUAAACGUGGAGACGUAUGUGGCUUCGCUGGCAGUUUACAAGCAAAAGAUGACAUGAUGAGACACCUGUAUGAAAAUGUUGUAAUGAUGGAAGUCACCAUCCAUGGGAAAUGAUGGAAGUGGCUGCCUCCCGAGCAACUUCUGAAUCCACUCCCCAUCUGCUGUAUGUAUUGAACAACCUGGUGUAAAUAUGCUUGGGAAAUAAAACUGAGUUGUAUUGAA